GUGAGCGAUCGGCUGUUCGUAUACACUUGGUCUCUGACUUUGCGUUUCCUAUGCACUCUUGUAAUUUCUAUCAAAGAACAGUGUAUGCGUUAAAAACAUUACCACAUAUAAUUUAUUCCCAGUCGAAAUUGAAGCGCACAAAUUGUAAAUAUGCCACAAUACACAGUUAAAGUCAAAUGGGGCAAAGAGCUUUACCCUAACGUAGAAGUUAAUACAGAUGAAGAACCAAUGUUAUUUAAAGCCCAACUCUAUGCAUUGACAGGAGUACAACCAGAAAGACAAAAAGUUAUGGUCAAAGGAAUAACGUUGAAGGACGACGAUUGGGGCAAUAUUGGUUUGAAAGAUGGCGUUACCGUAUUAAUGAUGGGUUCUAAAGAAGAGGACGUACCUACGGAACCAAAAGAGAAGCCUUUGUUUUUGGAAGAUAUGAACGAAUCCGAGUUGGCUACAGCGCUAGAUUUGCCAGCUGGCCUGGCUAAUCUUGGAAAUACUUGUUAUCUUAACGCGACCGUACAAUGUCUCAAAACCGUACCGGAGUUGAGAGAAGCUUUAAAAAAUUAUUCUGGUACUCUAUCAACCAUGGGUAAUUCCUCUCUCGCGCCUGCGCAGAACAUAACGGCAGCUCUAAGAGAUCUUUACGAAAAUAUGGAUAGAGGAUCGCCCUUUCCGCCUGUUAUUCUUUUACAAAUGAUGCAUAUAGCUUUUCCAAGAUUCGCCGAGAAAUUUGAGCACGGCGUUUUCCAACAACAAGACGCCAACGAAUGUUGGACCGAACUCGUUAGAAUGCUACAACAAAAGCUACCUGCAAAGGUAAAUUCGGAUGCUGUGGAGGAUGAUUCUCAGUCUUAUAAGCCUCGAUCGUUGAUAGAACAAUACUUUGGAGGAACAUUUGAUACAGAAUUGAAAUGUAUCGAAUCGGAAGAUGAACCACCUACUAAAGGAAAGGAAGAAUUUCUACAAUUGAGUUGCUUCAUUUCAACGGAUGUCAAAUAUAUGCAUUCUGGUCUUAGAAGUAAAAUGCAAGAACAAAUUACAAAAAUGUCUGCGACUCUUGGGAGAGAUGCAUUGUAUACUAAAACGUCAAAAAUUAGUAGGUUACCAGCAUAUUUAACUAUCCAAUUUGUUCGUUUCUUUUAUAAAGAAAAAGAAGCCAUUAAUGCAAAAAUUUUAAAAGAUGUUAAGUUCCCAUUGGAAUUCGAUGCUUUUGAAUUAUGCGGUAGCGAACUCCAAACCAAACUUACACCGAUGCGGGAAAAAUUUAAAGAAUACGAAGAUAACUUGGUAGAAGAAGCUGCCAAAUUGAAAGACAAGAAAGAUAAAGGUGAUGAAAAGUCGAGAAAAAUGAAAGAUGAACCAUUUUGGUUUCCAAAUGACUUAGGAUCCAAUAAUAGCGGUUAUUAUACGCUACAAGCAGUUUUAACUCAUAGGGGUCGAUCAAGUAGUAGUGGUCAUUACGUAGCAUGGGUUCAUCAAAAGAACGAUACAUGGUUGAAAUGUGACGAUGAUACUGUUAGUAUUGUUAGUAGUGAAGAAGUAUUAAAGCUUAGUGGCGGUGGUGAUUGGCAUUGUGCAUACGUUCUUCUAUAUGGUCCACGAGUUCUAAAAGUACCUGAGACUGAGACAAAGAUAUGUGAUGCUUCACCUACGGAAUAAAUAACAGUCUAUAAAUAAA